AUGAAGUACGUUCAGCUUGGAGCUAGUGGCCUCCGCAUCGCCCCUAUCGGCGUGGGAUGCAUGAGCUUUGGUAAUCCCGAAGGUCGUUUCAAAUGGGCAAUCCCUGAAGAAGAGGCUCUUCCAAUCUUGAAUCACUGCUACGACUCGGGACUCAAUUUCUUCGACACUGCGAAUGCGUAUUCGAACGGCCAGUCGGAGGAAAUCCUCGGCAAGGCUAUCAAGAAGUAUGGCUGGCGCCGUGAGAAUAUUGUGGUCGCAACAAAGCUUUGGGCACCUGUCGGUCGUGGGCUCGAAGACCCGAUGGCCAUGACCGAAGAGCAACGCGAUCAUUCAGGAUACCUCAACCAGUACGGUCUGAGCCGCAAGCACAUCUUCGACAGUAUUGAUGCCAGCUUGAAGAGACUUGAUCUUCCCUAUGUCGACCUGUUGCAGAUCCACCGGUUUGACCCAUAUACGCCAGCGAAGGAGACUAUGGAAGCUCUUCAUGAUGUCGUCAAGUCCGGCAAGGUUCGCUACAUCGGCGCUUCUUCAAUGUGGGCACACCAACUGCUCGAAUAUCAAUACACUGCGCGAAUUCACGGCUGGACUGAGUUCAUCUCCAUGCAAAAUCUCCACAACGCAAUCUACCGCGAGGAGGAAAGAGAGAUGUAUCCUGCUUGCCAGAAGUUUGGAAUUGGUGGAAUUCCCUGGAGUCCAGUGUCGAUGGGCUUCUUGGCCAGGCCAUGGAACUCGUUCUCUACCACCAAACGUGGCGAUGGUCAGAAUGAAGGAUUUUUGGGCAAGCCUUAUUCAGAGGAAGACAAGGCGAUCAACCGACAGAUUGAAGAGAUCGCCAAAAGACGUGGCGUGUCAAUGGCUACUGUCGCAAUUGCGUGGUCUUUGUCAAAACCGUUUAUCACUGCGCCAAUCAUUGGCAUGAGCAAAAAGGAGCGAGUCGACGAAGCGAUUGAGGCGAUAUCCUUCGAGCUGAGUGACGAGGAAGUCCAGAGCAUUGAUGCUUUAUACGUGUCCAAAGGAGUUGUCGGACACAAAUAA